GGAAUGGACGGCCCCCGGGACGUGGUCCCCCCGGGCCGAGGGAGCCGCUGCCCUGCCCUCCGCAGGCUGGUCCCUGUCGGCUUCGGGGCCGAGGCGAGGACGCUCGUUGUCCUUUCUGGACCCCUGUUCCUCUUCCAGAUGCUGAACUUCAUGACCUACGUUGUGAGCUCGGUGUUCUGCGGACACCUGGGCAAGGUGGAGCUGGCGGCAGUGACCCUCUCGGUGGCCUUCGUCAAUGUCUGCGGAGUUUCCAUUGGAUUUGGCUUGUCCUCGGCCUGUGACACCUUAAUGUCCCAGAGCUUCGGCAGCCCCAACAGGAAGCACGUGGGAGUCAUCCUGCAGCGCGGCGCGCUGGUUCUGCUGCUCUGUUGCUUUCCCUGCUGGGCGCUCUUCCUCAACACGCAGCACAUCCUGCUGCUCUGCAGGCAGGACCCGGCCGUGUCCAGGCUGGCCCAGGAGUACGUGCAUGUUUACAUCCCAGCGCUCCCGGCAAAUUUUCUUUACAGCCUGCUGGCCAAAUACCUGCAAAAUCAGGGCAUCAUGUGGCCCCAGGUCCUCAGCGGCGUCGUGGGCAACUGCGUCAACGGGCUGGCCAACUACAUCCUGGUUUCCGUGCUGGGCCUGGGGGUCAGGGGCUCGGCCUGUGCCAACACGGUCUCCCAGUUCACGCAGGCCGUCUUCCUGCUGCUCUGCGUCGUGAAGAAGAAGCUGCACCUGGACACGUGGGCAGGCUGGUCCAGCCAGUGCCUGCAGGGCUGGGGCCCCUUCUUCCGCCUGGCCGUGCCCAGCAUGCUCAUGACUUGCAUUGAGUGGUGGGCCUACGAGAUCGGGAGCUUCCUCAUGGGCCGGCUCAGCGUGCUCGACCUCUCUGCGCAGGCCAUCAUCUACGAGGUGGCCACUGUCGUCUACAUGAUUCCCAUGGGGCUCAGCAUCGCGGUCUGUUUCCGAGUGGGGACGGCCCUGGGAGCCGCAGACACCGUGCAAGCCAAGCGAUCUGCUGUCUCAGGCACCCUCUGCACAGUUGGCACCUCGCUGGUCGUGGGCACCCUGUUGAGCCUCCUGAGGAGUAAACUGGGCCACAUCUUUACCAAUGACGAGGAAGUGGUCGCCUUGGUCAGCAAGGUCCUGCCGCUUUACGUCGUCUUCCACCUGUUUGAGGCAGUCUGUUGUCUCUACGGUGGGGUCCUGAGAGGGACCGGCAGGCAGGCCUUCGGGGCCGUCGUGAACGCCGUCACGUACUACGUCAUCGGCCUCCCGCUGGGCGUCGUGCUGACCUUCGUGGUCGGGCUGGGGAUCACGGGCCUCUGGCUGGGCAUGCUGGCCUGUGUCUGCCUGGCCGCCGCGGCCUUCGUCAUCUACACCGCCUGCAUGGACUGGAAGCGGGCUGCGGAGGAGGUGCAGAAACGUGUGGGGCUGCCGCCCCAGGCCGCUGAGAGCACAGCCCCCAGCCUCAGACCCGGGCCUGAGAGAGCGGUCGUAUCUUCAGUGGCUACGGGCAGCCACCCUGGCGUGACCCUGACAAUGUACUCAAGGCCCGAGGCCCAUCUGGACCUCUUCGGGACUCCAGAAGCAGCCCAACCCCUGCCAGCUCCCCCUGGCAGACUUUCGGCCAAACAGCUGGCCAUCCGCCGAGGGGCUGCUCUGGGGGCAGCGACAGGCACGCUGGUGGUGGGGCUUGUCAUCAGGGUCCUGACUGCCAGGCCCUAGCAAGCAAGGAAGCAGAGUGGCUGCCCACCCCACAUCCUCAAAAACAGACCUUUAGCCAGUGCCUCGUGUGAUGUAACAGGUCUGAACUGCGGUUAACUGCUCUUUAGCAGACCUCAACUACCAGAAGACGAGGCUCCUGGGGUUGCUACCAUUAUUCAGUAACGUAAAUGGCUUCAAAUUGGAGAUUUCAAGUCAAAACAAAAUGGCAAAUGGCGCCGUUACAUUAAGAAGUACAUAUUUCUAGGCCGAGUCUGCCGCCCAAGUCUGUACACAAAGCCUUUGUGAAGCUCUGGAAAGGGGGCCAGUGGGCCCCGCGCGGAGACCCCCAUCUGCGUCCUGCCCACGCACCC